AUGGCGUUGUCAGACUCAGUCACUACUUGUCUUUCUCCACCUGUGCAUUACAUGAUUUGCAAACUUGGAUUUGAGAAAAAAGACACCUAUGAUAUUAGUAAUAUUUUAUCUGAAAAUGGUGAAGUAUGUUGGCAAGCUGUUACAGAGCAUGUGUGUUAUGUUGAAUCAGAUCAAAGUGUGGAUUAUAUCAAAAGCAUACGAUCAUUAGGACCUGUAUGUGAAUCUGUUAAUUUGCACUUCAAAUCUCUGACCAAGGAGCAAUUUGUAAUUCAGUAUGCAUUAUGGUUCCACUGGACAAACUACACAGAGUUAUUUCUUGAAGUAUUUGACAUUCUACAAUAUACAGAAAAUACAGAAGUUGCUCUUGGCUUAAUGAAACUGACAGCAUGCUUGGAGCGAGCCUUGGGUGAUGUAUAUUUAAUGACUGGUAAAGAUUGCCCUUUCCUUCUAAGAGACUUGCUUGCUUCUGAGGAGCUGGCAGUUGUCUUUGGACAAGCUGUAAUGAAUGUACUGAGGGUAUUCGUUGGAUCUCCAUAUGGUCUGAAUCUUCGUAAUGUUUUAUGGCAUGGGUUUGCAUCCCCACAAGAAAUUCCUGCAAAAUAUUGUGCUAUGCUGCUUUUUUUAACUGCAGGAUUGGGUCAGUUGUUACAGAUGUAUCUUCAGCAAACUAAAUGUGUUUUAGUACAUCGACCUUAUGUGAUCUUCGUUAGCUUAGAGGAGCUUGAUGUAUUUCCAGAUCUUACUCAUGAAACACUUUCGAUAGCUGAAGAGCUAGUAAAACUGUCCAGUUUUGUAUUAAAAACAAUGUUACCAUUUUGGAUGGCUGCUUUAACAGCUUUCAAGAAAAGCAGGUAUGCUGACUGUGUGAUUCUCUUACUUCCUCAGCUGGAAGUUGGACUUCGAUUGCUCUUCACUACAACUAAUAAAUGUCCAAGUCGAUUGCUAACAGCUGAGCCUUCUGCUCUCUACACCACUUUUGAUGAGAUGCUAGCAAAGCAUUUGGAUAAUGGAGAAAUCAACCAGCUUCCUGCAGUUCUUGAGGAACCUGCCAUGGAAUUUCUCUGGGAUUUCUUGAACCACCAGGAGGGUCCACGUAUAAGAGAUCGUUUAAGCCAUGGAGAGAUCAAUCUAGAAGCAUUUCCCAGAGAAGCAGCUAAUCAGAUAGUUGCAUUUGCAAUUACUCUUCUCUGCAGGUUCUCAGAUGAGAACGUGUUUGCUUUUAAG